AUGCCAGCGGUAGGUGUCCGCCGUCAGAAUAAAUCUGGGCACACGAAGAAUUUCUCCCGUGGGUACCGGUGCAGUGAUGGAGUGGCGAAAACCUGCCCCGAUUGGCUGGAUCCGCGGCCCGUCACGCUGCCAGGCAGAGCGCGGGUGCCCGGCUGCCCGCUGGUCCAGAGGAGCAGAUGUGCUGGGUGUGGAGGGACUGGCUCCUUCUCAAUGGAAGGAAACGCUGCCCUUAGGUUCCUGCUGCUUUUUCUGCAUGUGGGAUUCGCAGUCUCUGUGGAGCAAAUGAUUGCAACAGCGGACGGCAGUUUGCAAGGGGACACAAGAGAUCUAUUUGUGGCAGCAGAGAGUAUGCCUGCAAAAGGGCAUUCUCGCUGGAGAGACACUGAUCAGAAGAAAGAGCCUGCUGCCCUCCUCAACCUCAAGCGUAAACAAAACAUUGCAUGUGAAAUCUGGGCUUUGCUGAAGCUGGCUAAUAACACACUUUCUUCUGCAGGUCGACUUUAUGAUGGUGGUGUGAAGCCAAAAUUUAACGUAAAUCAAGUAGCAAUUACACAGGUUGUCAGCUACAACUUGAGCAGGAAAGGACAGUGGGAAAGAGGAUCCUGGAGGCCGUUCACCCACAGCCACUAUAGCCCUCUCAACGUCACAGUUAAUGGCAUCCCCUGCAUUCUCUUCUGGGCCAAGAGGAUCAUGAUAAAGUUUGAAAACCACACACAGCUGGAUUUGACAGAGAAGACAUUUGGUGUCCAUGCAACAGUGGACGUUGGAGAUUCAAACUGCAGUGAAGACAGUGCAAUGCUUUCUCUGAAGUUUGGUGACAUUGGCAAUCUAAAGGGACUUGUUAUUAGAUUCUUAUUAACCACCAGUUAUUACCAGCUGUCUGUUCAGAACUGGUUCAGUUUACACAGGCUGCAACUUCUUUACAACCACUCCAUACAAGCGACGUUUAAUGCCACCAGAAUAUAUGCACCGGCAAGUUACUCCUACCACUGUGAACAUGUCAGCAGCUUGCAGAGAUACGAUGCACUCCUCAUACCCAGCUCUGCAAAUGAUCUUUCAAAGCUUUGGGAAGUCACUUUUACUGAUUUCCAGAUUCAAGGGUUUAACAUUCAAGAAGGACAUUUUGCCUAUGCAAAAGACUGUGCAUCCUUUUUCUCUCCAGCAAUACUUAUGGGAUUGGUUAUGUCCCUGAUUCUGCUGCUGGUUCUUGCCUAUGCUCUUCAUAUGUUGAUCCACCUGAAAUCUCUUGACAGGCACUAUGAAUGCAAAGCUUCUCCUGCCUAUUUUGCACAGAUGAAAGACAAUGACAUGGGGGAUGAGAAAGAGCCGCUGAGAAGUGGUGGGAAUGAGUCCUAUGAACUUAGAAACCAACAGUUCUGUAAAAUCUAUAUUUAGCAGUAUGCGUCUGUCUCAGCGAAACAAGUGGUAUUUUCUUCUGCUGGCACUGUUGUAUGUAGUUUGUGCAGAUUUUUCACCAAAUGAUGAAAGGAAAAGUUGGUAACAGUCCGUUUAGCUGGUUAUUAUCUGUUAUUUAGUGAUA